AUUGUCCGUCCUCGGAGUCUUGUUUCGGUGUCGUGAGGCAUUCCCGUGCAGCAGCCAUAUAUUUUAUUCAUAGAGAAGGAAGGCAAAGUGAGUAGACAAGCAGUUGGGGAUUGAGCGCCGUGACUGAAUGAAAUUGUGACACGGAGCGGGUGUGACCGCGCGUGAUGGGAACAACGUUGUGGGCGCGUGGACAGAGACGCGCUCCGACUCAGUCUCAGCUGCCUCAGGCCUGCUUGUCGUCCAACCCAGUCGUUUUAAAAACAUAGAUCCACACCAAUGUCCGCCCUUCGACGUUUCGCACAAACUAACCAUGCAGUAACAAACUCCCCGCGAACAAGCGACUCUUCCGCGCAGGCAUCGCCAUCUACACCAACCAAGGGCCAGAACGGUUAUUUGCCUUCAACACCUCGUACGAGACUGGUAUACCCCAUUUCGCCCGUGACCAGUCCUUCGUUGUCUGCUUCGACACCGUUUGACUGGGAAGCCGCGAGAGCGCAUAAGCCGCCACCUUAUGCGAGCCCAUUAGCUAGAAAACGCGUCCGGACGUUGCAACACGGUGGGUCUCCGAGCACACCUCUGAAGAGAGUUAUUAGGAAGAAGGGUUUCGUAGAGAAGGUUGCCUCUAUUCCUUCACAAGUUGCAUUCGAGAUCUCGCUCUUCCCUCACAAUGUCCCAUUACCAACGGCACAAAAAUCCGCGUGGAUAAUAGGCGGUUUCUUACACUUCUUGCACCUAUGUGUUCGCAUAUCCCAAAUCCGUACUGUCCCGGAUUCCGAUCUAGGUUGGGAGGACAUGUACCGAGAAGACCAGAGUGAACCUUGGUUUAAUUGGACAGUCCCGGUAUCAUUUCUGCUAUUAGCAGCAAGCAUCCUCAACACCAUGUCCCUUUUCACCCGUACACGAAUCUACCAACUCAACCUCGCACGAGACCCCGUCCCCUCCCCACACGCCAAAUUCGUACCCCGAAGCUCCCCCACCCCUACAUCCGACUCCCAACAAAAAAAGACUCCGCUCUUGCUGAAUAUCCUGAAAUACUUCUGGCACGCGUUCAUCGUUUCAGUUCGAUUCUUGUUGAAUCUGAGUCCACCAAAAGACCGUCAGACGAUUGUGGGCAUCGGACAGGAGAGAGUGCAACAAUUGGAAGUUUGGAGUCCGGGCGAAUUGGAGUUGGCGUUGUUUGCGAUUUAUUCGCCUGCCCAUGCGUUGCUUUGGAUGGCGACGACGAGUGCGAAUUGGAUGAUAAUGUUGCUUGUGAUGUUGAUUGUCGGUGUACAGCUUCGGGCCUUGACACGUUCUUAUGAAGCUCUCCUCAAGGACAAGUCUAUCAUCUCUGCCGAGGUAAUGCAUGAGUAUGACGAGAAAUUCGUCUACCCUCGUGUCAACCCUAUCCGCAAAGACGCGGCUGUCAUGACACACCAGGCGGAGAUGGUGAACCCCUGGGACGAUCGUUCAAAGUUCAAGGAUUCACCGUGGCGUCACGGUCGGUAGAUAAAGUCAAGUGUCUAAAUUGCAUUGCGUUCAAACUGGUGGUUUCUCGCUUCUUCUCUGCACAUAAUUCAUGGUCCUGCAUUGCACGCAUACAUACUGACUCUUGCAUUGAACCGUUCUUUCGUUCGGCAUAUUCCCCCAUACAUAGCAUUUACUCAUAUCCGUACAUACAUACCUUUCUGUUCAGUUAUCAGCCCGUCCAUAGGCUCUGAUUAUCACAUAAUAUAAGCAUCACUUCGGGUCCUUCCAAGUUUUCAAUGAUAACGAGAAUCAAUAUUCAAUCCAUAUAAUACACUACAGCAGAAAUGAUAUACAGCUUGGUUUCUUGGACUUCCUCCUAGUCACUAAGGCUACGAUAGCGGCGCCACAUGUGUAACAGCUACGAGGUACCAUUCUCCUUUGCAGCAGCUUCUUGCUGAUAGAACUUCUGCAAGUCUGCGACAUCAUCUUUGCUACCAAGGAAGACAGAGCAUCUCUGAUGAAUAUCUGUUGGAACGAUAUCCAGGAUCCGUUUUGUUCCUGUAGUCGCGAUACCGCCAGCCUGUACAACAAACCAAAUGAACAAACAGAUGCACUCAAAAAAGCCAUCGGGAACGCCUCAUACAACAGCCUCAACUUCCCGUUCUUGCUCUUCUUGUCAUCAGGGUACCCAAAGAUACCACCAUAAAGUAACGUUCGAUGGACGUCGGCGACCAUGGACCCGAUGUAUCGUGCGCUAUAGGGUAAUUUGCCGUUUGAGGGGUAUUUGAGGCUGUUGAGAUACUUGGUGACGGGUUCGUGGAAGUACAUGGAGUUUCCUUCGUUGAAUGAGUAGAUCUUGCCUCGCGGGGGAACCCGGAUCUGCCAAUGCAUGUUCAGUACUGAUGCACCAAAAACAAAAACAAAAACAAAGAAUGAGGAGGGA